AUGCACUGGUUGGCAGCAUUAGACAGCGCCGCAGAGCGGUUUGAUGGCGGUCGUCGGAGCUUUCCUCUGGCCAGCGAAGCUGACUUCGUUCGCAACUACGCGUACGAGCCGCCGAAUGAGGACUACGAGAAGCUCUUCUUCUGCCGAGCGACCAUCUCACGCUCGCAGCGUGAUCCAGGUGCUCGUCCGCACAGCGCAGGAUGGCUGAUCCCCACCUGUGACGAUGCCAGCGUCUGCAAGCCCGUCUUUAUUGCCUACUCCGUCUUGUCAGCGAUCUGGCUUCUGCGCGAGACGCUCGCCGACGACGUCCUGCCUGACAAUAUCUGGGAUCGUCUGGUCUGCGCGGCCGAGUCGCUUGCGGAGGACGGGAUGGAAGAGCCGCCGUCUGCGCAGAAGCCCUUUGCUUCCCCUUCACAACAGGCCUCCGCUCCACCCCUCCCUCAGCUGUUACAGCCUAGCGAACCGGAUGAGCAGCUGAAAGACUCCCCUCUGCACAUCACUACUAUCUCCAACAACAACCGCCGUGCGGAGCAAAAACGCAGCAGGACACUCGCCACUUCGCGUGCGAAGAAGCGGCUUGCCCUUGGUCUGGUAGCACCUGGCGACAAGGCUCCUCUUCCAGAGCAGGCUGCCUACACCUCUAUUGUGCAAAAGGACGAGUCUGUCGUCGCCUGGAUCAUCAAGCAGCCGGUCUCUGAUGACACGGACUUCUACAGCUCCACCCAAACUCCCUACCUCACGGCCUGCACCCUUCUAGAGAAAGCGCGCGUGCUUGGAAACCAGUCCUCUCGGUACCACGCUGCCCAGUUCCUGCAGGCUUGGCGAGAACGUGGCUCACCCUUCAGAGGUGGCGGCGAGCUCGCUGGCAGCCAGAGCAGGACCGGUGCGGGAGCUAAGCGCUUGCAGCUGCUGAGUGUGCGCAACAAUGCUGACAGGGAUUUCUGCUUUGCCUGGAACAUGUGCACACGUUACGAAGCAGAGCUAGCAGCUGUCUAUAUCAAGUCUCAAUGGGCGUCAGCUCUCCUAGGUCAAGCAUACUCUAACAAGAUAGCGCAGAUCUGGCAUAACAACUUUGUAUCUAGCAACGACAGGACGCGAAAUCGAUACGGAAAGGGACAGAUCCGCACAGAGGCAGUUGCAGCGCUAGUAGAGUUAGUUAGUCCCAACGCUACUGAGAAGGACAAGCAGGUGUUUAGACGACGGUUAGGCCAAGCCAUGCGCUGGUACUCCAUUAGUCAGGAGCUAGGCUGGGGCAUUCUGACCCUGAUACCACACGACGAGAUUGCGAAUCGCUGGAUAGAACGCACCUUCCGUGUAGGCCAGCUGCAUGUCUGGAUUAAGCUACUUAAGAAGGAGUGUCCAGACAUUUGUGCAGCUAGCAAGGCACUUAAGAACUGGUUAGGGCCAGAGGGAAUUGCUGGCGGGCCCAUCAACGAGAAGAAAACGCUGAGCAUUGAGGCGGAGGCGCCAGCAACCAUCUACGAGGUGGAAGAGAUUCAAGACAGCGAAGACGACGAAACUGACAACAGCGUUGACGACAGCACCAGAGAGCAAAGUCAUGCUUCGCCGAAGAGUCCUACGCCAGCUCCGCGGUUGCGUCAGCUAACUUUGCUUGAAUUGUUCCAUCCUGUAGAGUAG